AUGUCGACGCUGACCGAGACGAGGAUGAGCCACACCGCGCUCGACGAAGCGAUCCUCAAGGGCGUCGGAGGAUCGCAGGGACCGACCUACCGCAACGGCGUCGGGGUCGCGGCGAGCGGACUCUUUGGUCUCGGCAGCAAGCCGUUGCAGAUCAAGGACUUGCUCGCGAACCCGGUCCGAUUCCGCAAGCAAGCGGCCACCGUCGCCGCGUCAUCGAACCCGGCCAACGAGAUCCCGUACGAGCCCAUCAACGAUGACCAGGUCAGUAUGCCUUCGAGAAGCGCUUCAUGUUCAAGUUCUCCGUACUGAAGCUGUCUUUCCGGUCUUUGGUGUACACUGCGACUCUUAGCUCGGCUCGCAAUUGAGCUCGACGAGUGCCGCCACAGCUGCGAAUGCGAGUGCGGAUGACGCGACAGCCGAGCCGCCGUCGCCGGAAUUAUCACGCACCGCAUCGACGAGUCAUCCAAAGCGCAGCGAUGACGACGCUGACGAGGAAGAAACAUCGAGCUCCUCACCUCGCAAGAAGAAGAGGAAAAAGGCCCUCGUAGACAAGACCGAGCCGACCGACCAAGUCGAAGCUGCGGCAGCGGUGGCCGGGAAGAAGAAGAAUAGCAGUAGUACGGGUGUCAGUCCGCUGCAGUUUUUUCCGGCCAUCUCGACCGAAGCAACCUGGUCCAAGUCCCUCAAAGUCGGGUGGGGCCUGCAUAACCUCGGCAACACGUGCUUCCUCAACAGCGCGCUGCAGGUUCUGCUCCACACCCCACCCCUCGUCCGUCACCUCGAAGCCACGAAUCACUCUACCUCCACCUGUGCGUUUUUUUUGGCUUGGUUCCUCUCCCCGUCAUCAUACGAGAUUUCACAUGCUCAAGUUUUCUGCUCGAUCCCUUUGCCUCUGAUUUUUUUCAGGCAAGUUUUUGGCAGCGAAAAAGUUUUGUAUGACGUGCGCGCUGCAGAAUGCGAUCAAGAUCUCGUUCUACGGGUCCAAGAGGUCGUACGCGCCUAACUUCAUCGUCAACAACAUGCGAAGUGAGUUGACCAUGCCGUACUCACAUGUCAUCUGAUACAGUGCCUGACGGACGUUCCCUUCCAUGGUCAUCUUUUACCAGAAAUCGCAUCGCACUUCCGUUCCGGGCGGCAAGAGGAUGCGCACGAGUUUUUGCGCUUCUCGAUCGACAACAUGCAGCUCUCGGCAUUGUUUGGGACCCCUUCGUGAGUCAACGAGAUAGAGUGGGAAUUAACCGUAGGAAGGCCCAAAAUCUCAUGCUCAAGCACCGCACGUUCCACUAACAGAACACUCGACGAGCGCGUCAAGGACUCGACUUUCGUCCACCAAAUCUUUGGCGGGCGGCUGCGCUCGCGCGUCACGUGCGAAGCCUGUGGCCACGCCUCGGACACGUUCGAUUCGGUCCUCGACCUCUCACUCGACGUCAAUAAAACCACAUCGGUCAAGGAGGCGCUCGAUCGCUUCAUCAAGACCGAUUCCCUGCGCGGCGCGAACAAGUACAAAUGCGAAAAGUGCAAGAAGCUCGUCAACGCCGAAAAGGGUUUCACGAUAGACCGCGCGCCGAUGGUGCUGAUGAUCCACCUUAAGCGCUUUACCGCCACGGGGCGCAAGAUCGGCGAUACGAUCCGGUACCCUGAUCAGUUGCAAUUGGGGAACUAUAUGUCCGAUGUGGGUGUCGUGCGCGCCAAUGCCUUUGCGAUCUGUACCGCAGUCGCUGAUCUAUAUCUCUGUGUUCGCCUCCUGCAGCGCUCGACAAAUCCGACCUAUCGCUUAUACGGCGUUAUCAAUCACUCGGGUGGAGGGCCACAUUCGGGCCACUACACCGCCAACGUCAAGGCCGCGAACGGGACAUGGUACGACAUGAACGACGAAACCAUUAGCUCGAUGGGGUCCAGUCCGCCGCUGCAUCGCCGACAAGCCUACAUCCUCGCGUACUGCCGAGAAGGUACCGGACCGACUGAGCGGCUCUCUGCCUCUUCCUCAGUUCGCGCUUCUGCCCCGAACGGCGUCGCCUCGAAAAAGCCCGGGAUGACCAAUGGGGUCGGGUCGCCCGUCCGGCCCAUGCAGAGCGAGGCGAUCGCGAGGCCACGCGUGUUGAGCAACUCGGGACCUCGACCGCCGGUUGUGCAGACCGCCAAGAAGCCGUUGCUCGAGACCGUCCCUCCACCUCCAUCUGCACCCCGUGGUAUACCCUUCAUCGACCCCUCGACCGCAUCCCCUUCGUCGGAAGCACCCGAGGAGGAAGCACCAGAAGAGGAUGAAGAAGACCCGAUCGAGUCGGAUUCCGAGGACACCAAGAAGGAGCAACGCAAGCCGCUUCGUGGCCCCAAGUACAACACGGGUGCACGACCCGGAUCGGGUGUCUUUACGAACGGCCCCUCCCCCAUGUCGGCGCCGAAGAACAAAAAGAAGGUCGAGGGCAAGCUCCAGAUCAAUGCGAUGGGCACCUUCGGCAAGAGCAAAGGGCUCGUCAGCAAGAUGAAGGGCAAGAGUGGCGCCGGGUUGAUGUACGGCAGACCCAAGGUGUUGAGAGGGUGA